CAGACAUACAUAUCCUCCACCCAUCCUCUGCGUCACCACCACCAAACCCUUCUUUUCUCCAUUAGCUUCGUCUCCAAGACUCGAUUUCAUCUUCCUCGUCAAAAAAGUAGCAAACCCACAACGAAAGUCUCGAACUUUCGUAUUAGAUCCACACCAAAAAAAAACAGUUUUUUUUUUUAUUCUUCGAUUCAUUUCCCAAUUAGGGUUUAUUGAAUGGGUUCUGGGUUCUCUCUCUUUACCAAUGGUUCAUCAUCUCCCGACAGAGAUCUGUUAAAUCCUGGUCUUGGUGAUUUGCCUGAAAGUUGCGUGGCUUUGAUCCUCGAGAAGUUGGAUCCGGUCGAGAUCUGCAGAUUCUCGAAGCUGAACAGGGCUUUCCGCAGCGCUUCCUGGGCUGAUUUCGUCUGGGAAUCGAAGCUUCCUCAAGAUUACAGAUCGAUUCUCGAGAAAAUCCUCGGUGGUUUCCCGGAAAAACUGCGGAAAAGAGACAUCUAUAACUUUCUAUCUCGGGUUAAUUCCUUCGACGACGGCACAAAGAAAGCUUGGGUUGAUAAACGAACCGGUGAUCUCUGUUUAAGCGUAUCGGUUAAGGGUUUGUCGAUAACCGGGAUUGAUGACCGGAGAUACUGGAAUCACCUUCCUUCCGAUGAAUCUCGAUUCUCUUCAGUAGCGUAUCUCCAGCAAGUGUGGUGGUUUCAAGUAGAUGGAGAAAUCGAGUUCCCGUUCCCUGCUGGAACCUACAGUGUCUUCUUUAGGCUUCAUCUAGGCAAACCGGGGAAGCGGUUUGGUUGGAAGGUUUGCAAUACUGAACAGAUUCAUGGUUGGGAUAUUAAACCGGUUCAGUUUCAGAUUUGGACUGAGGAUGGUCAACACUCUUCAUCGCAAUGCAAGUUAGCCGGAACAGGAGCAUGGAGUCAUUACCAUGCUGGAGACUUUGUGGUUGGGAAAGCGAAAAGCUCGUCUACGAAGCUUAAGUUCUCGAUGACUCAGAUUGAUUGUACACAUACCAAAGGAGGGUUGUGUGUGGAUUCUGUAAUUGUGUAUCCGAGCUCUUGCAAGGACCGGUUGAGGCAGUUUUAAAAGUCUUGAAACCGAAGUUUGGUUUUGUUUAGAGGUUGUAAAAGCUAUAUUUUUAAUUAGCUUUUUAACCUUUUUGUAGAAUAUUUGGGUGGUAAUGAGAAAUAAACUCAAUGAGAGAGAGAAAAGAGAGUUUAUGUUUCAUUGUUUUAUGUUGAAUGUAAACUUGAGUUUGAAGUUGACGAGUUUUUCUUUUAACUUUCUCAAUGGAACUAUCUUUUUGUGGGAAGUGAAAGGGAGGCAAACCGGAAUUAAGAAACUGACCCGGUUCGGAUAAUAUUGGUUAUUUACUGUAUAGCUCCCACAGAAUCGAAUG